GGCCGUGGCCACGAAAGAGGCUGAAGAACUUGAGCUGCUAGUUACGACGGUUAUGGGCACAAUUUUGGGACCCGAGCACCCUGAUAGAUUGGCCAGAGGUGGAUAAGUAAAGCUGAAGAAGCGGAGGCGCAUGUCAUGGUGAUGCGAAGGAAGACGCUGGGACCUAAUCACCCCGAUGUGCUAACCAGCAUGGCCAAUCUGGCAUCAACAUUAUGGGCGCAAGGAAGAUGGAAGGAAGGAAGAUUGUUUUGGGAUCGGAGCAUCCUGACGCGCUAAUCAGCAUGUGGAAUCUGGCACAUACAUGGGAAGCCCAAGAUCGGAAGGUCGAUGCCAUUGGCUUGCUUCAGGAUUGCGUCGACCUGUUUGAAGAAUACCUUGGGCCUACCCGUCCCAACACCAUUGACGCCAUUGUGGAUCUGGAAUCGUUGCGGCAAAAUAUUGCUUAAUAUCUGUUUGAUGCUGUGCUGCCAAAGGAAGUCGCCCGUUGUGACAUGCAGAAGGAUUCGCC